ACAAAAUUAACCCUCUCGACCAACAGUCGUAGUCUUCAUCUCUCUCAAGUAAUAGUGCCAGCGAAAUUUACAGUAUUUUUUUUAAAACAAUCGUUGUUGACAACAGAUUUUGUACAAAACAGAAAUUUUUAAAUAUGUCGAGUGAAAUUAAAUUCGUUUUCACCAUGAUCACAGUGUUCAUGAUAAGUGCUACGAACGCGUAUUCCGACACAACACUCCAACUCGACGCAAACUGUAGAAACUCUCUGAACAACUUUCUCUAUGAUUCUAACAUGUAUCCAACCGAAGUAAAUUUUACUACAACAAAGGUCUCGGUAUAUGUUAACGCUAAAGUUGAUAAAAGUUGGAAUUCCAGUGCGAUGGAUAAGCUACCCGUCCAAGUUACUUAUUCGUUAGCAUGGAACGAUCCCAGACUUGCUUAUGGGAACCAGCCAGGUUGUAAGCAGCGCUACGUAAAACUGGACCGUAUUACGCCCUACUUGUGGAUUUGGUACCCUGCCUUGGACCACGAGCCUGGAAUGAUAGAUUACAUUGGUAGCCAUUUCUGCCGGAGGAAAUUAAUAGGGGCAAAUGGAGACGUUUUCAAGAAAUGUACACUUGGUCAUAUUUUGGACUUGGAGAGGCGAGGAGAUACAAGAGCCGACUGGGCUGGGGUGCCUGAGGUCAUCAUGGAGGAAGACGAGGUCGACGGGUACAAAAUUACUGGAGUGGGCAGUAAGUGUGAAUCCUUGGAAAAUCACGGACCCUUCGGUCCCAUAGGAAGAAGCUGUCUCCGAGUUAAGUUGGACCUUAAGUCCUUGGUAUAAGAUAUUCUACGAGUAGAUUACAGCAAUUAUUUAAAAAUUGCAGAGUAAGAAAUUCAAAUAUUUUAUAACAAGCAAUUUAUUGGUUUCAAAUAAAGUAGUUUUUAGUUGUAAAUGCA